CCAAAAGAAGCUGAAUGAAUGACGGACGUGCAGUCAUCUGGCAUCCGACAGCGACGGGACGAACCCAUCUUCCCCGCAACUCCAAUUGGUUUAGUUGCAGACUACGUCACAGUGUCCCGCCUUGCACCUACUUACUCACCCGUCCUUGCUUUGCAACAUCGCUUCCCUUCGUUGUGAGGGCCGCACCAUCCAUACAACUUAACAACACCCGGCACCCUUCUCUUGCCCUAGGAUAGUCACUCACCAUCUGUCAAACACGUCUCCUGUUAUUGUCAAAAUCUGCGGG